GACCUCACCGCUCGAUCAUCUUCACGUUUCCCCUUCAUAGUCUUCGCUUGGUCUUCGCCAGCUCAGGACUCUAGGAUGCAGAACUCUGGCGAUAGAAAGAAGCUUGUCACCCAACAAAAGAUCAGUGAAGUCGAGAAUCACGGCACGACAGGAUAUCCUCAUCGACUAAACUUCUACGACAAGCCCCCUCUUGGUGACAUAACCAUCGAAGAUUUUGAAACUUGCGCAUUAGACCGUCUCCGCAUCCUCGCCGAGAUUGAGUCGUCGUUCGUCCGAAACCGGCCAUGGGAUGAACUCAAAGAAAUCACUUCGAAACAAUGCGAGAAUUACCUACCACUGAAGGCUAAUACAGCUCUUCUAGUGGAUAAAGAACCGCAGCGGAAGAAAGAUCAUGUUGGGCACUUCGUCCUGCGCCUGGCGUUCUGCCGUUCGGAGGAGCUGCGGAGACGAUUUGUGAAGGCAGAGACCGCAUUGUUUCGUGUGCGCUUUGAAACGGACGAUUCCGAAGAGAGAACGGAAUUUCUCAAGACGCGCAAGUUCGGUUGGGAAGACGUCUCGUCGGAGGAGAAGAAGCAUUUCCAUGAAGAGCUAAAGGCGGCUUCACCUUGGACAACUCCCGAAGUGAUUGCAAGUGAAACCUAUGUGAAGGUGAAGUGGACUCGCGUACCGGACCUAAUAGAGAAGAGACGGGUCUUUCUAAAGGGUGGUAUGGCAUAUGUACCAACCCGAGAACUGUCGAGCAUCAUCCUCCAGGAAUUUCAAGCGAACCUUACGAGAGCCCUCGAAAUGACAGCGAAAGCGCUACCGUUUCUAGACGAGGACACGCGAAUCAUCCCCAUCCUCGACAACCUCUCGCAAGGCUUCCUCGCCGGUAUCUCAUCAGAGUGGAGCACAGCAACGGCAAGCAGCGGAGAUGAAAUCACUGCAGACAUGAUCGACGACAUGGCGAGGAAGCACUUCCCCGCGUGCAUGCGCAACCUCCACGAGUGUCUCCGGAGAGACAAGCAUCUCAAGCAUUUCGGUCGACUGCAGUAUGGUCUGUUCUUGAAGGUUCUCGGACUGUCAAUAGAGGAGGCUAUCACAUUCUGGCGAAGAUCGUUCAGCAACAUCCAGGAGGACAAGUUCAAUAAGGAGUACAGGUACAACAUCCGACACUCCUUCGGUCUGGAAGGGAAGCGCGCCAACUACCCCGCCAAGAGCUGUCAGCAAAUCCUUACGUCGGACCAGCCGGGGACAGGCGACUCGCACGGAUGUCCCUACCGGCAUUUCUCGCCCGACAAUCUGCAAACAGCGUUGCUCUCCAUGUACUCCAGCCAAGGACUCACAUCAGUAGACCUGCCCGAUAUUAUGCGCACAGUCAAGGCGGGACACUACCACGUCGCAUGCACACGAGUGUUCGAGAUCACACAUGCGCGGCAAGGUGUGGCUAAGGGCCAAGGUGUCGGCGGUGGGGAGAGCGUCACGCAUCCUAACCAGUAUGCAGCGAGAAGCCGGGAGCUCGAGCGGGAAUUGGAAGGCGUCACCACGAAGAAUGAAGAUGGUGGGGACGUGGUGAUGGUGGGCUGAUCGUGUUGCGACGAGAAGCGUUCGCAGGGGUCGACAUGUGCUGUGUAUCCAUCCUGUAUUCUUUUCGUGUUGUCAUUGUAUUUGUCUCCACAUUGUCUAGGAUUAUCCGCC